GGUCGAUCAGCUGUGUCAACUGACAGACAGUCAAAAAAACAAACCUCACAAUGGCCUAAUUGUUUUUUAUAUACUUUUUUUAAAUAAAAAAAUAAAUUAAAAAACAAAAAAAACUCGUUACAAUAAUAGCACUGCAGUUGCAGUUACUUUUUUAAUUUAUUGGAUCUCUAGUCAUGAUGCCAAUUCAAUAAAAUAAAAAAAAAUAAAUACUUGCUAAAAUUAUUUAAAAUAACUAAUUUGUACUUAAAAAAAUUAAAAAUGAAACUCGGUAAAGAUGGAAGAGUUAGUUUAGUGUCAUUUAUCAGUGCUUCAAAUUUGGCAAUAAUAUCUCACAUUUUGUUAAAAUUAUCACUUGAUGAUAGGUCCAUCAUAAAUAGUUUUUGGUGGAUCCACAUUUUACAAUUUACAUUUUUAAAUGUUCUCAUUAAAAUUGCAUUUAAAGAUUUUAUUUAUCAAGUAUCAGUGAGAUCAAUACUUCUUGGUUACACAACUGGUAUUGGAUGUAUCAUUGGUGUGUUUGGUGAAAGAACAUGGCAAUCAUUUGGUCUCUACAUGAUUGUUCUGUCAACAUUUCAUUACUCUGAAUUUCUAGCAAUAGCCUGGACAAAUCCAAAAGCAGUUAGUAUUGAUAGCUUUGUACUGCAACACAGCUUAGCAUAUGGUAUUGCUGCUGCUUCAAGUUGGAUUGAAUUUAUCAUUGAACGUUAUUAUUAUCCUGAUUUAAAAACAUCAACAAUUGUUUCGUAUUUUGGUUUAUUCAUGUGUAUUGGUGGUGAAGUGUUGAGAAAAUUAGCUAUGAUAACUGCUAGUCAUAAUUUUAAUCAUAUUUUACAAACUAAAAAAUCACAUGAUCAUCAACUUAUAACACAUGGUGUUUAUCAACUCUGCAGGCAUCCAAGUUAUGUUGGCUGGUUCUAUUGGUCAAUUGGAACACAGUUAAUUUUGCAAAAUCCAUUUUGCCUUCUUGCAUAUACAAUUGCUUCGUGGAGAUUUUUUCAUGAUCGUGUUAUUCUUGAAGAAAUAACAUUGUUGAAUUUUUUUGAUGAUCAAUAUGUCAAUUAUCAAAAACAAGUUGGAACUGGUUUACCUUUCAUAUCUGGAUACAGAAUUGACACGUAGCAAGAUGUUGUUUAAUUAAAAAUUUACCUUAAUUUUUUUUUCUUUUCAUAAUUAAAUAUUUAAAUAAUAAUUUAUUAUCUUUUUUUUUUUUUUUUGAGUAAACAAGUUUAUUAUUUAUGUAAAAACGAGAUAUCAUGUUUUUUUUUGUCAUUUACAAUAAAUAUUUAAUUAUUAAAAAAUAA